GCUGGAGAAACAAGUGGAAGUUCACCCGCCAGAGCCACAAACAGAAUCUGGGCAGCCAUGCUUGCAAUUGAGGCCUGACACCGAGACUGGCACCAGUCAUCCCGUUCCCUUCGAGUCAUACGCGAUCGCUCCUACUCCGACAGCCUCCAGCGACCUCCACCGCGACCCAAAGCUCCAAUCAUUCUCCACCGCCGGCCUCUCUCAGGGCCCCGCACCGCCAAUUCUCUGAUUCGUUCCAUUCUUUGCUCUGCGCGCCAGGAAAUUUAAUUGCCCGCCGUGCGCACAACGACCCCUCCCCCUCCUUGCUCUCUAUCGCCGUUGGAGUCACCGGUGGUCAAGAUACUUAUCCGGCAGUUCGUGGCGCGAUCGGCGCCCUGGAGAUUCACUCCUCCAUUAUCUCGAUCAUUUUCCAGGAUGUCUGCUCCCCAGAAUCCCGCUGGCGAGCCCGCGGCUCCCAAGAUUGAUACUCCCCCUCAAGCCGAUGAGCAAACGAGAAAUCAGGACCCUUCUGCCGCCGCGCCUCCCAAGGUGAAAUCCGAGAAAGAGUUGGAGCGUGAGCGAAAGAAGGCCGAGAAAGCGAAGAAGUUCGCCGAAAAGCAGGCUAAGGCUGCUGCGGCCAAGCCCGCCGCUCCCAAGGCGGACAAGAAGGCCGGCAAGAUCGAGAAGGAGAAGACUUCCGAUGCCUACGAUCCCAAGAUCAUCGAGCCCGGUCGCCUCGAAUGGUGGGAGGAGAAGGGCCUCUUCAAGCCCGAGUUCGGCCCCGACAACAAGGUCAAGCCUGAGGGCUACUUCGUCAUCCCCAUCCCUCCUCCCAACGUCACCGGUUCUCUUCACAUGGGCCAUGCCCUCACCAAUGCCCUCCAGGACACCAUGAUCCGUUGGCAGCGGAUGAAGGGUAAGACCACGCUGUGGCUUCCGGGUAUGGACCACGCGGGUAUCUCGACUCAAAGUGUGGUCGAGAAGAUGCUCUGGAAGAAGGAAAAGAAGACCCGUCAUGACCUUGGUCGUGCGGCCUUCACAGAGAGAGUGUGGGACUGGAAGCACGAGUACCACGCCAACAUCAAGAAUGCUCUGCGCAGAGUCGGUGGUUCGUUCGACUGGUCCCGUGAGGCUUUCACCAUGGACCCCAACCUCUCCGCGGCCGUCACGGAGACCUUCGUUCGUCUGCACGAGGAGGGCAUCAUCUACCGUGCCAACCGUCUUGUCAACUGGUGUGUGGCUCUGAACACCUCUCUGUCUAACCUGGAGGUCGAGAACAAGGAAGUCGAGGGUCGCACCCUGCUCGACGUCCCCGGAUACGAGAAGAAGGUCGAGUUCGGUGUCCUGACUCACUUCUGCUAUGAGAUGGAUGGCACCAAGGAGAGAAUCGAGAUUGCCACCACUCGACCGGAAACCAUGAUCGGUGAUAGCGGUAUUGCCGUCCACCCCGACGACAAGCGCUACCAGCAUUUGAUUGGCAAGUUUGCCAAGCACCCCUUCGUGGACCGCCUGCUUCCCAUCGUGGCCGAUUCCGAGGUCGACCCCGAGUUCGGUACUGGUGCUGUCAAGAUCACCCCGGCCCACGACUUCAACGAUUUCAACCGCGGAAAGGCCCACAACCUUGAGUUCAUCUCCGUGAUGAACGACGACGGUACCUUCAACAAGAAGGGAGGUCCCUUCGCCGGCAUGAAGCGCUUCGAUGCCCGUUACAAGGUUAUCGAGCUCCUGAAGGAGCAGGGUCUCUAUGUGAAGUGGGAGCACAACCCCAUGAAGAUCCCGCGCUGUGCCAAGUCCAACGAUGUUAUCGAGCCCAUCUUGAAGCCUCAGUGGUGGAUGAAGAUGGAGAGCCUUGCGGAGCCGGCCAUCAAGGCUGUCGAGGAUGGUGAAAUUCUCAUCCGCCCUGAAUCCGCCUCGAAGAGCUACUUCCGCUGGAUGCGCAACAUCAACGACUGGUGUUUGUCCCGACAGCUCUGGUGGGGUCACCAGGCUCCCGCUUACUUCGUCAAGAUUGAGGGUGACGACGGUGACAACAGUGACGGUAACCUGUGGGUUACCGGCCGUACCGAGGAGGAGGCCCAGAAGAAGGCCGAGGCUAAGUUCCCUGGCAAGAAGUUCGUUCUGGAGAGAGAUCCCGAUGUUCUUGACACGUGGUUCUCGUCUGGCCUGUGGCCCUUCUCUACCCUGGGCUGGCCUAACAAGACCCACGACCUGGAGAACUUGUACCCCACGUCCGUCCUGGAGACCGGCUGGGAUAUCCUCUUCUUCUGGGUUGCUAGAAUGAUCAUGCUCGGCAUUAAGAUGACCGGCAAGGUCCCCUUCAAGGAGGUGUACUGCCACUCUUUGAUCCGUGACUCCGAGGGCCGUAAGAUGUCCAAGUCGCUGGGUAACGUCAUUGAUCCUUUGGACGUGAUGGAGGGUAUUGAACUCAAUGACCUCCAUGCCAAGCUGCUCCUUGGUAACCUGGCCGAUAAGGAGGUCGCUACUGCUACCAAGUACCAGAAGAAGGCCUUCCCCAAGGGUAUCCCUGAGUGUGGUGCCGACGCCCUGCGUUUUGCCCUUGUCUCUUACACCACCGGUGGUGGCGAUAUCGCCUUUGACAUCCAGGUUAUUCACGCCUAUCGCCGUUUCUGUAACAAGAUCUACCAGGCCACCAAGUUCGUUCUUGGCAAGCUGGGCGACGACUUCAAGCCUCAGGCUACUCCUUCCAAGACUGGCCGGGAAUCUCUCUCGGAACGCUGGAUCUUGCACAAGUUCAACACCGCUGCUAAGGAGAUGAACGAUGCUCUGGAGCAGCGUGAGUUCUCCGUUGCCGCCAUUGCCGUCUACCAGUACUGGUACAGCCAGCUUUGCGACGUGUUCAUCGAGAACUCCAAGUCUCUCCUGAACCCUGACGCCCCUGCCGAAGUGCAGCAGUCCGCCAAGGAGACCCUCUACACCACUCUUGAGGGUGCCCUGACCAUGAUCCACCCCAUCAUGCCCUUCGUUACGGAACACCUCUGGCAGCGUCUGCCUCGCCGCGCUGGCGACAAGACCGUCUCCAUCAUGACGGCUCGCUACCCCGAAUACCAGGCUGAGUUCGACGACACCGUCGCUGAGACCGCCUACGAGCUCAUCCUGAACACCUCCAAGGCCGUCCGGUCCAUCAUCGCCCAGUACGAGCUCAAGGUCAAGGGCGACGUCAUCAUCCAGACCUACGAUGCCACCAGCCACAAGACCAUCUCGGACGAGAUCGCUAGCAUCAAGUCUCUGGGUGGCAAGUUCCUUGGCGAGCUCAGCGUGCAGGGCCCCGAGAUCACCGACCGCCCGGCUGGCUGUGUCGUGACUCCUGUCGGUUCUUCCGCCGCCGUCUACCUCCGCGUUUCCAAGGAGGUGGCUCUUGAGCAGGAAGAGAAGGCCAAGGCCAGCCACUCGCGGUCCCAAGAGUUUGUGCGUCGUCAGCAGCAGCUUGUGGGCUCCCCCGCGUGGCAGGAGAAGGCCAGACCCGAGGUGCGUGAGUCGGAGGAGAAGAAGCUUCGGGAUGCCCAGAGCGAGUUGGCUCGCCUGGAGGAGCAGAUCCUCCAGCAACCUCAUCACAUCUUUCUCUCCAGCGAGCAGACUGCCUUCGUCAUGAUGCUCAGAGAAGUAAAACCCAAGAAUCCGCGCACGGCGCGCAUUCUGAAAGCCAAAGAACCUCAACUCAUCGAACCCCCCAAGCGGACUCUUUUGAUGCACGGCUCGAAAUGUCCGCUGCCCCUGCACACCGUUCUCAAGACUUUCCACUCCCUGACUCGCCCGAACUCCGUCCUGUUCCACAAGAAGAAUGAGAGCAUCCACCCGUUCGAGAGCGCCGAGAGUCUCGAGUUCCUGGCCAACAAGAACGAGUGCGGCAUCGUCGUGUUCGGCAGCAGCAACAAGAAGCGCCCCAACUGCGUCACCCUGGCCCGCAUGUUCGACUCUAAGCUCCUCGACAUGUGCGAGCUGAUGCUCCUCCCCAACCCCGACGGCGAGGAUAUCCCCGCCAUGAACAACCUUACGAUGCACGUCGGCGUGGGACUACGGCCUCUGAUGCUGUUCUCCGGCAGCGCCUGGGAUGAUGCUACGUCGGCGCCGCACGCCCUCGUCAAGAGCAUGUUCGUGGAUAUGUUCAAGGGCGAGACCUCGGAUAAGAUCGACGCCGAGGGACUGCAGUAUGCGCUGAUGCUGAGCGCCGAUGAGCCCGCCGACGGCCUGGCCCCUGUGAUUCGUCUGCGGUGGUACAAGAUCCGGACGAAGCGCAGCGGCCACAAGCUGCCCCGCGUGGAGCUGGACGAGAUAGGCCCCAAGUUCGACUUCAAGGUGGGCCGCAUCCAGGAGGCGCCGCGCGACGCCAUGAAGGAGGCCAUGAAGCAGGGCAAGCGACCCAACGAGGAGAUCAAGCUGAAGAAGAACAUCACCCUGGACCCCAUCGGUGACAAGAUGGGCCGGGUGCACCUGGCCAAGCAGGACCUGGGCGGAUUGCAGACGAGGAAGAUGAAGGGAUUGAAGCGACGGGCCGGCAUGGAGUCCGACGAGGAGCAAGGGGACGAGGACAUGAUGGAUGUGGACGAGAUCUCGGAGGACGAGGGCCACAAGCGGGCCAAGGUAGCAUAAAGGAUUGACGUUGCGACGCAUAAUUUUGUUUUCUCUUUUCUUUCCGUUUCGCACCCCGGCGUUUUCGGUGGAUUUGGUCGACUGACACCUCGUUGAGAGAUAUAUGAACCUGCUCGUGGAGUUGCUGUGUAUAGACACUACCCUAUGAAAAGUGAUAUCGAACAAUACGAGUCUAUCGUCU